GCCGGAAGGUUCCAGAGGGGCCGUCGGAGCCGCUGCCGCCGGGGGGGCGCCGCACGCGACAUGGCCGCAGCGCGCGAGGAGUUACAGAAAGAUUUGGAAGAGGUUAAAGAAUUACUUACGAAAGCGACGAGGAAGCGACUUCGUGAUGUCCUGAUGACAGAGAAACAUAAGCUAGAGCUAGAAAUCAAGAAUCAGCCUCCACCGAAGCCAAAAGAUGCAGCAGAGGAAGAAAAGUCAUCUUUGGGAGGGUAUACAGUGAAAAUAAACAAUUAUGGUUGGGAUCAGUCAGAUAAGUUUAUUAAGAUUUACAUCUCUUUAAAUGGAGUCCAGAAGCUUCCAGCUGAGAAUGUGCAGGUGAAUUUUACAGAGAGGUCGUUCGAUCUGCUAGUGAAGAAUCUGAAUGGGAAGAACUACACCAUGACCUUCAACAACCUCCUGAAACCCAUCUCUGUGGAAGGCAGCUCUAGAAAGAUAAAGACGGACAUGGUCCUUGUGAUGUGUAGGAAGAAGCGGGAGGAAAAAUGGGAAUGUCUCACUCAAGUGGAAAAAGAAAGCAAAGAGAAAGAGAAGGCUGCCUACGACACCUCAGAUCCUAGUGAAGGGCUUAUGAACCUUUUAAAAAAGAUGUAUGCAGAAGGGGAUGAUGAAAUGAAGCGCACCAUCAACAAGGCCUGGGUUGAAAGCAGAGAAAAGCAAUCCAAAGGGGACAUACCAAUGGAUAUUUGAAAGUAUUCUAAGGGCUGCCUUAAUACUGAUCUUCCAUGUGAGACACGCUGUGCUGCAAAGAUCAUUGUUUACACAAUCUUCUUCCAAGCAAAGACAGUCAUUUUCCAUUUCAGGUUGGAGAAAAUAUUUAAAUAAAAUAGCUUAUAAAGCA